ACGAUUUAGAAAUUUCCCGCUGGUGAUUAUUUAGUGUUGGGUAAUUUAUAACGAUUCAUAUCGCCUGGUUUUUCGUUCAUCUUGAAAUUACGAAAUCGAGUCAUUGUUUUCCUCAUGACAUUUCCACGUUCCGGACGGUAUUAAUUGCGUUGUGAUGAUUGCAGGUUAUGAUUUUUUUUGCGAAACAUUAUUUAAAAAGUUCAAUUGAUCGCGGAUUAUUUUCAUGAAACUGCUUAAAAAUGAGUUACUCGGCAGAGAAUUUGUUUGAGUCAACCAGGUUAUCAGAAGCCAAUUCUAGACCUUCCAGCAGACCAAAGUCGGUGAAUCUCACCGAGGCGCGCACCAUAAAACCCGAAUUGCCUGACGACUUCGCAGACGCAUCAAAUGGGUCCAAUACAUCACAAACAAUCAAAGUCUUCUUGCGCCUCAAGCCACGAACCCCGAGGACAGAACGGGCCCGGAAGCUGCAGGAAGAAAUGUACGUUGUGUUUGACUCCAAAAUGCUCCUCACGAAAUUCCCUACGUCCGACGGCUGCUCCACUAGAAGAUUGAAAUCAAGUGAGGCAACAACUAAAAAAUUUUCCUUCACUAAAAUUCUCCCUCCCAACACCUCCCAAGAUGAAGUCUUUAAAGACUGCGUUGGUGACACUAUUCUGGAUUUUUUAUCUGGUCAAAAUUCCACGGUGAUGUCUUACGGGACCACAGACUCCGGUAAGACUUUCUCGUUUUACGGCACCUUCAACUCACCAGGAAUAAUUCCUAGGAGCAUUGAGUUCAUUUUCUCUGCUGUGAAUUGCACACUCUCACCGUGGUACAAGUUUCUUCCGGGUUUUGAAAUUGUCAGUUUGGACGAGAAGAAGAGGCUCGCAGAGUCAAUGGCACGAGAGAAAUUGUUGACGAAACUUCAGAGCAAAUGCACUGCACUCGAUACUUGGCGAUUUUUGGAAGAUUCCGUGGAUGAAGAGUAUCGAGAACCUGGUGAUGAAGCUUUAUUCUCGGCCUGGCUGUCCUUUGCUGAAAUCUACAAUGAGAAUAUUUACGAUUUGCUUGGAGAAGUCGAUGAAGAGAGAACAUCCCCCUUGAAGCUAGUCACUGACAAGCAGGGGAGAUCCUUUAUCCCUGGGCUGACUACGAUCUGCGUUACAACUGGAUUGGAAGCUUAUCAGGUCCUCCUCACUGGACAAUCGAGACUGACUGUGUCAUCAGAGCCAUCAGACGCUGGAAGUUCCCUCUCUCAUUCUUUUUUCUCAAUUACUUUGUUGAAAUACUUCAAAGAAUGUGCUGUUGAUGAUGUUGAAGUGAGUACGUUGACCUUUUGCGAUUUGGCUGGAUCUGGAAGGAACAAAUUGAACGUCACCAUCAGUGGAGAGUCCUUGAAGGAAACGAAAAACAUCAAGGCUGGGCUGUUAGCUAUGGGAAAGUGUCUCCAGAGUGUCCAUGACCGUCAAUCUAACAAAUUAAAUUCUGAGACUGUUGGAGCGUUUCGAGAGUCAAAACUGACGAGACUCUUUCAGAGGUGUCUGUCAGGGAAGGAGCAAUUGACUAUUAUUGCUCAUCUUAAUCCAUCUCCAGAUUUUUAUGUUGAGAAUCAGAGCAUUCUGCACUUUUGUUCUAUUGCGAGAAGGAUUUCUGUGGUCCCGGCGAAGGAUCUGAAGAAAAUUUUUGGGUCGCAAUUGACGAUUUCCAGUCCCAUGAAGGAUGCCGGCGGUACAGCUGACGAAAAUCCUGUUAAAAUUAAAGAUAAACAUGAGGAUAAAUAUGGAGAACUAGAAGAUGAGAACUCCCUCUUGAAAAAAGAAAUAAAAAUUCUGAGAUCAAACGCAACAACUCGAGAAUUACAAAUUCGAGAAGAGAUGGCAAAUUUCUGCUCUGCGAUGAUGAAGGAUAUGGAGUCAAACUGGAGGAUGCAUGCGCAGGCAAUUGAAGAAGACCAGGAAGACUUAUUGAAAUGGUCAGUGAAGCGGGUGGAGACAUUUUACAAAGAACGAAUUGAUAGUCUGACCAACAGAAAACGUAGAAAGAGAGAUUCUGAUGAUGUGAAUGAUUCUACGUCUUUAGAGAUUCUUGAGGCCGAAAAUGCUCGCAUCACGACUAAAUACAUGUCUGUGAAAGAGGUAUUGAGAACUGUUAAAAAGGAAUGCGAUGCCCUUAGAACGGAGAAGAACACCUGCGUCUUCGAACUGGCUUUGGCCAACGAAGAAUUGAGAGGAAUUCGGGAGCUCCUGUCAUCGGAACCAGGAUGCACAUCCUUCAAACACAAGGACCUCGUGAAACACCUCAAGCUAGUGAUAUUCCAAAAAAACGAGACGAUCAAGUCUCUGGGAAAAUCCUUGGAUGAAUUGAUGCAGAAUCAAUCACGUGAGCAGAUCGAAGCUGAAGACCCGGAGAACGAGUCCCAAAAUAUGACGAACGACGUCAGCAGUAUUUCCGUUAACGAGUCGAUGCAGUCAACCUCCUCAGACUCUAGUUCUGAUACCAUCGGACCUGAAGCGUCUUUAUCUACCACCAAUGUCGAAAAUCUUCCAGAAUUUGACACGAUUAAUCCGUCCACUGACAUCAAUCCCAAUAUUUUUGCGACAAUAGAUAAAACUCUGGACUUGAUAAAGAUGGACGGACCAGAGGACUCAGGUAUUGGUGUCAGCGGCAGAAUGUCCCAUAGUACGAGCAACAAUAUAACCAUUGAAAGAAAACACAAGAGCAUCCAGACAUCGAGCCCUCAACAAUCACAAGAAUCCACGGAAGAGAUUAAGCAGAAAGUGAAUCAAUUAAAAUUGGACUACAAAGCUCUGCAAUCAGAGCAUCUUGAAGGUUCGCUUCGCAUAACCGAACUGUCCAAAGAACUUGAGCACAUUCGGCGAGUAAUGCAAAACCUGAAGGAAGUAAUGUACCAGAGUGAUCAAAAAAUUAUUGAAUAUCAACUGAAAGUCGCAGGCCAGGAGGUUGACAUAGAAAACUUAAAGGAAUGUAAUAUCGAGUUGGAGAGUAAACUUUCAAAAGCACACUCGCAACAAGAGAAGUCCUCCCUCCAGUGCAUAACAGACCACAUUCACAAAAUUAAUAAACUCUCAUCAGAAUUAGAAGAUAAAACUCACACCAUAAAUACCCUCACACAAAGGAUCACAACAAUUGAAUGUGAUCUCCAGAUGGUGCACAAUUUAGAGAACAGAGUAAGUGAUUUUUCUGGUGUUCUUGAGAAGUGUAAACGAGAGAAGGUGGAAUUGAGGGAGGAAUUGCAGAGGCGUCUGCAGAGCCAAUCGUCUCUGGAGUGCAGGCUAAAGUUAUUGUCGUCGAGGGUGCAGGACAGGGAAAAUGAAAUCAUGUCUCUGAGGACUGAUUUGGCUGGCAUGGUGAGAAUGAACACAGUAAAUGGCGAACGGGUGAAUGAAUUGGGUGAGGGUAUCGCCAAUGCACUAGACAAGUUGACAACAGUCAAGGAGGAAAUGAGGCGAUCGGAGGUAGAAAGGAGGGAACUUGAACGUACCUCGUCCCAUGAGAUUUCCAAUCUUGCUGCGCGCUUCAAGCGAAGUACAGCUAUGCUGAAUAUGAUUCAUGAAGGCAAUGGCGAUGUCAGAGGUGAAUUGAAGAAAAUGAAAGAAUUGUUACUGCGGAAAGAGAGGGAAAUGGCCUUGUUCAAGAGGAACAGGGAGAGUACAAUUAGAAGGUAUGAAUUGCUAGUUCGAAAACUUCAAGGAGAUGUUGAACGAAAUAAUCGAGAGUUGCUUCGUACUAGAGGACAUUCAAAACGUGAAAUAUCAAAGGAAUCUUUGGAAUCAGUUGAGCAAGAAAGUUCGAGAGAAGUUCAUGAAGAGUCUUUGGUUAAGGGGAAAAGUUCUAGAAGAGCGCUCAAUGUCAAAAAUAGGAGAUCCGGGCAUCAUUGUAGAUUGACUUGCUCAGCGAAACGAUUGAGCUCGCGAAUUGUCGCUUCGCUGACGUCGUUAGAGGGCUCCAAGUCUAAUAAUUAUAAAAUUGUGAAUAUUGGGAAACAUAUGUCUAAUAAGAAGACAAGUAGCACGAACUUGAAAGAGCUGAUGAUUCCGCGUGAAGCCACUACUCCUAGUAUAACGUCAAGCAGUGAUGACUCCAGCACUGACUACAAAGAAUUAUCCAACUGGAUGAAGGUCAAACGGGUAAACGGUAGAACGCAGUUCGUGAUUCGUGAAGCUGAAAUAACUGUUGAGAAUGUCGUCAAAAAAUCAAUCUCAGAAAAUUAA